AUGGAUGCUGAAAUCCUAGCCUUAGAGGAUAAUGCCACUUGGACUCUUGAACAUCUUCCUCCUGGUUUUAUUCAGUCUCAAGCAAACCACUCUUUAUUCACUCUUAUCACUCACGCCAGCAUCACCAUUGUCCUCGUUUAUGUUGAUGACAUCUUAGUUGCUGGAAAUGAUACUUCCCAGAUCGAUGUUUUCAAAAGCAUUCUCUCUACAAACUUCAAAACAAAGGAUCUCAGCUUCCUCAAAUAUUUUCUUGGUCUUGAAGUUGCUUACUCUCAGAAAGGCAUCUUCCUCAACCAACGCAAGUACACACUUGAUAUCCUGACUGAUAGUGGUCAACUUGGUGCCCAGACCGCUCACUUUCCCAUGGAACAAAAUUUGAAGCUCACAGACUGUGAUGGCUCUCUUCUCACCGACCCUAGUGCCUAUCGACGACUGGUUGGAUGUCUCAUUUAUCUAACUAUAACACAUCCUGAUAUUGUUUUUGCAGUAAAUAUUCUCAGCCAGUUUAUGCAUGCUCCUCGAGAUCCACACAUGCAAGCUGCCAUCCGCGUUCUUCGCUAUCUCAAAGGCAGUCCCGGUCAAGGCAUUUUUUUCUCAUCAUCUAGCAAUUUACAUGUUACUGCUUACACAGACUCAAAUUGGGCCAACUGCCCCACUACUCGAAGAUCCACCACAGGGUUUUUCAUUUAG